UUCGGAAUCUCGCGAAGCGUCAUCUUGGGUUGGGUUGCGUUUGUUGAUCCCAGCGAAAAACCUCGCUCGCGCGGAUAUAAUGUGGACCUGCAAUCAGGUUAGCGGACAGUAGAGGAUUCAAUUGGUUCGCGGAAGGCCGUUAUUUUUAUGUCGCGUAAAAGCGAAUAGCGGUAUCGAGUCGCUGCCUUCACAAAUGAUUCGGUGCGAUCUGUGGUCUGCGGUUCUCCAUGUCUGAGAGAUUCGUAUGAGAAACUUUGCUGUAUUUACCGAGUUCAUCUUGGGUUCAUUCUGCAACAGGUUUCUAUUAUAAAUCAACGCUACAAAGUUGUCGGACAACAUCAGAGGAGGCUGUAAUCCAAAAUAAUGAUACGUAAAAGAAGAGGAUAAUACGUGCCUGAUCUACCUGCAUAUGAAACAAUAAUACGAAACAGAUAUUGGGAGACAUUAUAAGGAAUAAACAAUAUCUGGAGGUCCUUUUCAAAAUGAUGCCGAUGUUCCUAACGGUGUACCUAAGCAACAGUGACAAACACUUCACGGAGCUGCCGAUUACACCGGAGACUCUGUGUCGAGAUGUCCUGGACAUGUGUAAAGAGCCAGGAGAAGUGGACUGCUAUCUGGCAGAGAUGUGGAGAGGAUCUGAGCGUGUGAUUGGUGACAGUGAGCGAAUCAUUGAAGUGCUGCAGCGUUGGGGUCAGCAGAGGGCGGAGGUGCGAUUCUUCCUGCGCCACGACAGAGCGCCGGGACACGAUACAGGAGGCCACAGAACUCCAGAGUCUCUUGCUAAACGCAGUAACAUCGUAAAGGACAGACUUAUGGAGAAUGGGAUGGCAGCUCCUCAUAUGGACAUCACCCUCAGCGAGUUGCAAGAAAUGGCAUCACGACAGCAACAACAGAUUAACGCACAGCAACAACUCCUGGCCACAAAGGAACAGCGACUGCGAUUCCUGAAGCUACAGGACCAGCGUCAACAGCAGCAGCAGGUGUCCGAACAGGAGAAACUGCGACAGCUGCGUGAGAAUGCAGAGAACCAGGAGGCCAAACUGCGCAGAGUUCGAGCUCUGAAAGGACAAGUGGAACAGAAACGCAUAAGCAAUAGCAAACUAGUGGAGGAAAUUGAGCAGAUGAAUGGUCUGUUCCAGCAGAAGCAGCGGGAGCUGGUGGUGGCCGUUAGCAGGGUGGAAGAGUUGAGUCGACAACUGGACGUGUUACGUAGUGGAAAAAUGGACAUGCCACACGAGGCUGGACCAAGCUCCAGUGGAGAACUAGAGCGACUGUACAAAGAACUUCAGCUGAGGAAUAAAUUGAAUCAGGAGCAAAGUGCCAAACUCCAGCAGCAGAGAGAGAAUCUAAACAAGAGGAACGUAGAAAUGGCCGCCAUGGACAAAAGAGUGGCUGAACUGAGAGAAAGGCUGUGGAAGAAAAAAGCUGCUCUCCAACAGAAAGAGAACUUGCCCCAGCCAUCUGAAGGGCAGAACCCUCAGUCUGUUGGCCCUUCCAGGGUUGCUGCUGUCGGGCCAUACAUCCAGACCACCCCAGCUCCUCCACUUCCCCCCAAGCAAGAAAUUUUAGUGAAGCCUGCCUAUCCUGAUGGCACAGCUACUCUUCCCAAACCUCUUCCAAAACCAACCACAGGUGGUUUCUUAACAGGUAAGAUAUCCAAGAUAUCAGACUUGUUCUCCAGCACAGAAACCAACAACAGUUCCCAUGUCCACUCAUCCACUCUUCCACGCAUGAACAGUCAUGGAUCCCAGGAGAAAGAUCCUGAGGCAGAUUUGAGACCGCCACCAUUGCCAUUACGCAAGAACCAGAGUAGUGAGGACCUCUUGAGGGAUUCCCAGUCUGCAGGUAGGACAUUUGGGAAGGUUCCACCUCCUGUUCCCAGUAAGCCCAAACCUGCUCUGUCAGGCCAGUCCACCUUCAGUAAGCUUCCUUACAGCACUGGCACAUUCCCUGGCAAAGCAAGAUCAGCCAACCAGAAACCCCCAAUGCCCCUUCCAUCCCACAACAACACCUUACCCCUACCUCUGCCCCCUAAACCAGACACCUUACCUGCUGCAACAGUACGGCCUUUCACGUCAGAUACUUUGGCAGGAAAAGAGACAUCAACCCCCACCACACUCCAUAAGCCCCAGACAGUGGCAGCGAGUUCCAUCUACUCAAUGUACACCCAGCAAAGCACUCUUGGAAAGGGUUACCAGGGGCAAAGUACUCUGACCCGUUCUCAACCUCGACUAUACGGUAAGCCAGUCAUCCCAUCCAGUGUGGGACAGCAGUCCUUUAUCCAGGACUUCAAUCAUAUUGAAAAAAUGUGUGCUCUAGAUGGUGACCAAGUGGACCAGGGCAGCAGUAACUCGGCCCCUGCAUCCGCCUCUGUUGAGGGCCAGGACGCAGAACGUGUUCCCCGACCCCUCAGUCCAACUAAACUUCUCCCGUUCCUCUCAAAUUCUCAUCGACUCCAGAGUGACGUUGACCUGGAGGCCCUCAGGAAGAGACUGCACAAUGCACCCAGGCCUCUUAAAAAGCGUGGCUCUAUAACAGAAUCUGAGGGGCCGGGUGGACCCAACAUUCAGAAACUUCUCUACCAGAAGACUACAUUGGCAGCUAUGGAGACUAUCGCCCCAGCUGCUUUCUUUCCGGCAGAAGGUGAAGAGGGAUGCAAGCCUGUACCUAAUGAAAGCACUAGACCUCAGGAGGGACACUAUGAUAAUACGAUACCUGAGUGUGAGAGAGAGGAGGAAGAGCUGACGCCUCCACCGCUUCCACCUCGAUCUCCAAUCCUGGAUGACAACUCCAAUUCUAGCACUGGACUGAAUGAACCCCAGCUAAAGGAAGAACAGGAAGUCUAUGGCCCAGCUGCUCCAGAGCCGUAUGUUGAGGAGUAUCCACCUUACCCUCCACCUCCUUACCCUAGUAUGGCAGAGCAGGAGGGACCAGGGGAGGACAGCAUUAAUAUGAAGGCUCCAGAGGUCACGGGACAGGUCAUGUUACCACCGGGCAAGAGAACUAACCUCCGUAAGACUGGUUCAGAGCGCAUUAACCAUGGCAUGCGUGUGCGAUUUAACCCCCUGGCCCUCCUGUUGGAUUCUUCUUUAGAGGGCGAGUACGACCUUGUCCAGAGGAUCAUAUAUGAGGUGGACGACCCCAGUUUGCCCAAUGACGAGGGCAUCACUGCUCUGCAUAAUGCUGUAUGUGCUGGACAUACGGAAAUCGUUAAGUUCCUGGUGCAGUUUGGAGUGAAUGCGAAUGCCGCUGACAGCGAUGGAUGGACUCCCCUGCACUGUGCCGCUUCUUGUAAUAAUGUGCAAGUGUGUAAAUUCCUGGUGGAAUCGGGAGCUGCUGUGUAUGCCAUGACCUACAGCGACAUGCAGACAGCAGCAGACAAGUGUGAAGAGAUGGAGGAGGGUUAUGCCCAAUGCUCCCAGUUUCUCUAUGGAGUGCAGGAGAAGAUGGGCAUCAUGAACAGGGGCGUGGUGUACGCCCUGUGGGACUAUGAUGGAGAGAGCCCAGAUGAGUUGUCCUUUAAGGAAGGAGACUGCCUGACUGUCUUACGAAGAGAGGAUGGGGAAGAAACAGAGUGGUGGUGGGCAAGAUGUGCUGACAAUGAGGGCUACAUACCUCGUAAUCUCCUUGGGCUGUACCCCAGAAUCAAGCCCAGACAGAGGAGCCUGGCGUAGGAAUCUCCAAAUCAGCGCUGAUUCCCGAGAGAUAUUUCCCGAGAGAUAUUUCAUUGCAUCAUUUCAACAGUCGCUUAGUUCUUCAGAGCAAAAUAAAUAUCUGAAGGUGAUCGCUUCACAUUUUCAUUGUGAAAAAAAGAGAAUAGUUUCAUGUUGGUAUGCUAUACAUGUUUGUAAGGUUACAAGCUUUGGACCAGUAGACUUAGACGCACAUUUCAGAAGCAGGUUCAAGCAUGUGUAGUUAGACGAAGGACUUCCGAAUGGUACAGAUGCAUUAAUAGUCAUCUGAGUAUCGUAUUUCAAAUGAAGGAUGUCAGAUUUAGAGAUUUCAUCUUUUUAAAUCAAUUUUCUGUAUUCACUAAUGCUGAUUUGUUUCACAAAGUGCAAAACAAGAGGCAUUCAUCUUUUGAAGGUUAAAAAAAUAAGAGUUUUCUAUAAUAUUUUUGUUCUUAUUUUAUUCAUAAUGCCAUGUUACAUAAACCGUUCUUAUGGUGCUUGCUGCUACGCUACAACAGUGUGUUCUGUGAACAAUUAACAAUUUAUUGUGCAAAGACAGCUUUCAUUUAUCAUAAUAAAACUUGACAUA